GUUAAGUCUCCUCACGGUCACGGGAGUGAUAUUAUCGCAUUCAGUAGUGUGUUUGGUCCGUUUGGUUUGUCCUGCAAAAAUGUCCUCAAGGAAAUUCUUCGUCGGAGGAAACUGGAAAAUGAACGGCGAUAAAGAGUCUCUGGGCGAGCUCAUAAUGACCUUGAACACGGCCAGUCUCAACGAUGAAACAGAUGUAGUUUGUGGAGCACCGUCCAUCUAUCUGGAUUACGCCAGGUCUAAACUGGACCAGAGGAUUGGUGUGGCUGCUCAAAACUGCUAUAAGGUGCCCAAAGGAGCCUUCACCGGGGAGAUCAGCCCAGCGAUGAUUAAAGACUGCGGCAUCGACUGGGUGAUUUUGGGCCAUUCUGAGAGGCGUCAUGUUUUUGGGGAGAGCGAUGAGCUGAUUGGUCAGAAGGUGGCCCAUUGCCUGGAGAGCGAUUUGGGCGUGAUCGCCUGCAUUGGGGAGAAACUGGAGGAGAGAGAGGCUGGAACCACCGAGGACGUGGUGUUUGAGCAGACCAAAGUCAUCGCAGACAAUGUGAAGGACUGGACUCGUGUGGUCUUGGCGUAUGAACCAGUAUGGGCUAUUGGCACUGGCAAAACUGCCUCUCCUGAACAGGCGCAGGAGGUGCACGAGAAGCUGAGAGGAUGGCUGAGAGCGAACGUGUCGGAUGCAGUUGCUGACUCUGUGCGCAUCAUCUACGGAGGCUCUGUUACUGGGGGAAACUGCAAAGAGCUGGCGGCCCAGGCUGACGUUGAUGGCUUCCUGGUUGGAGGGGCUUCCCUUAAACCAGAGUUUGUCGACAUCAUCAAUGCCCGCUCGUAGAGAUGCUCAACCAGACGCUCUGAAACCACUGCACUGCCCAACCAGUAUAAACCAGCUUCAUGUUGUCAUUCCAGCAGGUCUGAAUGUUUGUUUGUGCUCUUGUUACUGUUUGCUUGUUAAAUGCUCAAGCUGGAUUAUCGGACUGGAAAAUUAACUCCCUACUUCGAAUGUGUUACAAGAGAGCUUGGGCAUGCUUGUUAUUUCCUCGCUGCUGCACCGCUGUGUGGGGUCUAUGCACUUACAGAGCACACUUACUUGAAAUCUAACACGCUUUACACUGAUUACCUUACAAAGUGAACGCUUAACUGAAUUUGUAGUGACUUUCAAAAAGCACUUUAUCCUCUGUAGAGAUGACUACCUCAGUAGAUGAUUAAAAACCUCUU